CGAAACGGUGUGGAUUGGAUCCCUCGAUUUUGAAGAGGGUGCUGGUGCAUGUCAAGCGAGCGGGUAGUGCACCUCGCCCGAAAACGCCAGCGAACUUCCAGCGAUUAGCCAACGACAAAUGAGCUUCUCUAACCCUGCCCCAACCGGCCUCCUGCUCGCCUCCGACAUUCCGAAAAUUACCCACACAACGCCAACCGUCCACUUCACGUCCCUACAAAACGGCCGCUGGCUGACACUGGAGGAGGCGUCCUUUAUCGAUCCGUCGGGGGCAGAGCGUAAAUGGGAGCUGUGUGAACGCGUACCGCAGGAGGCGAGGAAGAGAAGGGAGGAUGAUGUUGACGCGGUGGAUAUCGUAGCUGUCAUUCGAGCCAGUUCCAAAGCGAAGUUUCCGUCGGAAGAUGCGAUUUUGCUGGUGCUGCAGUUCCGCCCGCCGACAAAAUCAUGGACGCUGGAGUUCCCGUCUGGUCUAGUCGACGCAAAGGAAUCCGUCGAAACAGCAGCUCUCCGCGAACUCUCAGAAGAGACAGGAUUUGUGGGCACGAUAUCAAGCGUAGGCCCACCGAUCACGUACGAGCCCGGAAUUACGAGCAGCUGUUCGAGGAUGGUUCAUGUCACGAUCAAUGCGGAGGAGAACCAGGAUCCGAAACCGAAACAGGAAGAUGAUGAGUGGAGUUUGCAUCCCUGUGUAUUUCCGUUGAAAAACCUCCUUGGGGUGUUGCAUGAAGUGCAGGAGCGAUGCAAGCACUUGAAGGUCGAUUCGCGGCUGUACUCAUUCGCCUCGGGAUUGAGUCUUGCGACGUCGUAGGGCGGUGUUGAUGAGGACAAUCGAAAGCCGUACUGUAGGUCAAUGUGGCUGAUGAAAUGACGUUACCCACUGGCGAGUCUUUCCGCCUUAUUCGACAAGUGUGAUCCAGGCGGAGAUGACCUUCAGUAGCAGCCUGCAACAACCGAGCAAAUAGGAGACUAGGCGAAUUGGCGGCGAGGCGAUGCCAACAUGGUGCAACAGUAAUCAAACA